AUGGAGGAAUCAAGCAAGAAGAAAAAAACAAAUGGGGUGGUGAAAAACUUCCUCAGGAAAGGCAUAGACAUUAGAAAAUUUUCGACUAGGAAAAAGUAUGCUCUGUUGAUGUUGUUCUGUGUGUACAUAAUAACCUGCGUGGGGAUAUUCUUUAAUUGGAUUUCUUUGUCCGACUUUUUUUAUCACGGAAAUGUGUACAUAAACGAUUGCGAAAGUGUGCGCUCGGGAGGGAGAAAAGACUGGGAGGGUAAAUCAUACAGUUGUAAAGAACAGGACAAGAGAGUGCAAGCCUUAUACCCAAUUAUCCUGUGCUCAAAUUUUAUCAUGUCAGCCAUAUCGGGUGUAUUUUUUGAUUAUUUUGGACCUAAAAUUACUGCGUUAAUUGGGCAUACCUUUAACAUAAUUUCGUGGAUUUUAAUUGGGUUACAAAAUGAAGGCAAAAAUAACACCAUCAUUUGGGGGGCAAUAUUUUUGGGGCUCUCUUGCGACUCCUCCUACAUACCAAUUCUCAGUUUAAUUUACUUAUUCGAAGAAAACCAUACCAUGUAUACUGUCAUUUUGGGAUGCUGUGCUUCUUUAAGCUUUAGCAUGCCCAUAUUUUUGGACAUGUUCACUUCGCCAAAUGAUGCCCAGUCGUUUCAGUUAAUUUGCUUACUAUACUGCGCGAUCAUUUUGGUUCCCUUUUUCUUUGUCCUUUUGAUUUUUUUGCCCCUCAAGCAUAUCAGCGAAUACGAACAUGAGCUGGAAGGAGAAAAGAACACCCUACGCGAGUUGAUGAUCGAAAGGGCCCUUACCUCGUCGUCCUUUAGCUUAUACUCCACAAAUGGGUGCGUACUGAGGAGAGUUGUUACACAUACGUCAAGCAAUUUUACCCUCAGAGAGGGGGACUCCAAAGACUUGUAUUCACAAAAGGAGGGUUCUUCUCUCAUUAUGGAUGGAGGUUAUGCACACAGUUCCUCCGUCCGAGGGGGCAUUCCAACUGUGGGGGAGUCCAUAAAGAGGGGUAUAUCUAACCAGAAUGAAGUCAUCCAUUUGGAUGAGAAGCUUAACAGAGACGUAGACUACAAAAGUGCAUGUAAAAUGAUACCCCCUCAGUGUAAAGAAACAGGAGCAAACUUUUUCUCCAUCAGAUACCUCAGCAUCUGCUACUAUUUUACUAUAUACAAUUUAUCGCUAGUUAAUUACAACGAGUGUGCGAAAUUAUUUUUUGCUGAUUAUUCAGAUGUGCAGGAGGUUCUAAAGAUAUUCGGACCACUAUCAGUGAUCUCCUGUGCAGCCUUCGGUUUCCUUAUUCGCAAGUUUCACAUCCUCGUGAUUAUACUCUCCCUUCUCAUGAGUAGUCUGUUCAUGAAUCUUUUUGCCGUGAUGAGAAGCAAAUUAUUUGCCUACUUGAGUACGCUGUUCUACCUGAUAGUCACAGGAUGCUACACGACACAACUAUACUGCUACAUACAGAUCAUGUUUCCAAAACGUCACUUUGGGAAAAUCGCAGGCACUACCAGCAUGAUCAGUGGGCUGUUGUCUCUACUGAAUAUCCCUAUUUACAAUUACUUCAUCGUGGAUUACAGUAAGAGUGACCCCAAGCCGUUUGCCUACGUUGAGGGCCACUCGGGGGGCUGCUUCAGCGUUAGUGUAGCGGUGAGCGUUAGCGUAGCGGUGAGCGUGAGUAUAGCGGUGAGAGUGAUCGUAGCGGUGAGAGUGAUCAUAGCGGUGAGCGUGAGUAUAGCGGUGAGCGUGAUCAUAGCGGUGAGCGUGAGUAUAGCGGUGAGCGUGAGUAGCGUGGUGAGCGUGAGUAGCGUGUUGAAGAAUUGGAGUGACCGCCUCUUUUUGUGGAGGGUGUAA